AUGCGAUAUAGACAAUGGAUCCGCUUGAUCCGAAACAGCUCCUGUUUCGCGAGAGUACUGGACAACAUCUACAUGUGUUCACAGCAAUACCCGCACCGGUAUAUUUUCAUGCCCACAGCCAUGCCCGUGCCAAGAGCGCUAUCACACGUCGUCUGUAGCCAUUCUGGCUCCAGGCUAUCGUUGGCUCAGGCACUCUUGGCUUGUGCAUACUCCAAGAGACGUCUCCGCGCGGCGCCAUGUCCUUCCGCUACGGGGGACACGGCGGAGGCCUCGGUGGGGGCCUCGGCCGGGGCUACGGGGCGUACGGCGCCAGCGGUGCGUACGGCGCUGCUGGCCCUUACGGCGCCGGCGCCAGCGGUGCGUACGGCGCUGCUGGCCCUUACGGCGCCGGCGCCGGCGGCCGGUGCGUACGGCGCUGCUGGCCCUUACGGCGCCAGCGCCAGCGGUGCGUACGGCGCUGCCGGCCCUUACGGCGCCGGCGCCGGCGGCGCGUACGGUGCCGGCGGCGCGGACUGUGCGACCGCAUGCUGCGCCAGCACCAGCGCCUGCAUGGGCUGCGGCCCCGCCUGCGGCGUGGCCUGCGCCGAGGGUUCGGGCUGCGGCGCCGGCGGCAGCACGAUUCUUAGCUACGUCGGCGCGGGGGGCGACUACGUCCAGGAGACCACCUACCGGUACGUGGGCAUGGGCGCGGGCGAGUUCGGCGUGGUGCGCAUCCCAGGACGCGGCCCGAGCUGCUGCCUGCUCGUGAUCCCCCUGGGGCUGUGUCUGCUUCUGCUGCCUCUCCUGCUGUUCGCGCUGGCGCCGGGCUCGACGACGACGACCACCACCACCACCACCACCACGCCGUUUAUUCCGCCGAGCACGGCGCCGCCCGACACCACCACCACAACCAAGAAGACGACCACCAAGCCGCCGCCCCCGCCCCCGCCGCCCCCCCCGCCGCCCCCCCCGCCGCCCCCGCCGCCCCCGCCGCCUCCGCCCCCGCCGACCACUGAGAAGAAGAUCAACUGCGGCGAGGGCGAUGUCGUGUCCUGGGACGUGCCCAAGAAGGUCUACUGCUGCCUGCACGAGGGUAAGGGCUGCCCGACGACGCCGGCGGCGCCCAGCACCAUGCCGAUGCCAGUGGUGACGACGGCGAGGAGCACCACAUCUCCGUGCCCGAUUGAUUGCAACGCCGGCUACAACGACCUGGACCCGCUGCAGUGGGUCCGCGGCUGGUCCGGCGAGAAGAAGCUGUAUUGCUGCAAGACGGCGAACAGGGGUUGCCCUUCGGAAUUGCCCCCGCCCUCGGGUCUGCCGCCGUCCAACGCGCCCCCCGAGCCAGACAAGAGCGUCUACGACUGCGACGCGGGCUACCACCACUGCAUGCACUGCCUGGUGCUGUCGUGGUCUCCAGCCAAGAUCGAUUACUGCUGCAAGACCCAGCACAAGGGUUGCAGGGGCGAGGAGCCAGAGUGA